UGGAGGUCAUUCCUACAAACAGUGACUUAGUGCACUUGGCUAGUGCAAUUGCAGAUGCUGAAGAUUUUGCUAUUCCUAUUCUACUGCUUGACUUAAAAAAAAUAAUUGACAAUGAGCAAACAGAUAAGCAACGUGCACUAAUUCUGUCUGAUGUUCGAAAAUUUGAAUUUCCUCAAAUCAUACUAACAGUACUGGAACAAGAUUUUCGUUUAGUAACUGGUUCUUGGUAUACUGCAUGUCAGUUAUGUUCCAUAUUAGUUGAAUGCUGUUAUGGUUAUGCAGAUGCAAGCAAAGAUGGAUAUCCCUUAACUAUUGUUUCUGUUAUAUUAAAAGUCAUUACAAAAAUAAUCCAAAAUCAUAAAGGAGCUGAUAAAUCUACCAAGCAAGUUUUGUGUUCUAACAUAUCAAUGUUAGUUUCUACAUUAACAGACUGUAUGAAAUGUUAUUCAUACAUCAUAGUAUCAGUAUUAUCAUCGAAAAGCUUCAUGCAGUUUUUUAUCUAUGAAGAUGAAAAUGUAUCCUUGGUUGCAUUUUCUUGUUUAAAAAACGCAAUCAGAAUUGACAAAAGCGCUUUUUAUCAUGUACCUGAAAGUCUUUCAAAUAUUCUUAAUGAAAUUACUUUUAAGAUCACCUCUACACAUGAAAAAACCGUUGCAAGAUCUGGUAUCAAUACAUACCUAAUGUUGGUUUCUGUUUAUCCUCAUAUAUGUCUUUCUCCAAAUAAACAAAAUGAAAGCUUCAAAAAAUGUCUGUUUAAGUGGAAAGGAAAAGGUUUUGAUGGUGAUAUUGAAAAGCUAGUUAAAGUUUUGGAUUCAUUUGAACAACAACAAUUUUGCUCAAAUAAAAUGGACUUUUUUGCAACAAAAAUACAGUCUGUUUACAGAGGGUAUAUUUGUAGAAAGCAAAUUAAAAAAGCACACAGGUCAAUCACUUUACUUAAAAAGACAUAUCUGGAAAAAAAAAAAGACCAGGAACAGAAAAAAUUGGACCAAAGAUUAGAAAAAGAGAAAAUACAUUACGAAACUUUAAAAAAACGGCAAUUAUUUUUUGACUCUAGACAAAAAACUUUGCAGGCCAUUGAAGGCAUACCAGCUGGAACAGUUGAUGAUUUUUUUUAUAGUCUACAAAAUGAGGCGGCUAAAAAAAUUCAAGCUGUUUGGGUUGGCUAUAAGACUAGAACAAUAUUAAAUUCACAAGUUCCACACUUAAUCAGAACCAAGGCUGCUAUUUUAAUUCAGAGAACGGUACGUAAGUGGUUAGAAAAAAUUCGUAGAAAAAAACAUGAUGCAUUAACUGAACUUCUCCCUAGUGGAUUAUCUGAUGAAAGGAAAGUUGAACUACAAUGUCUUAUUGGGAACAUAAGAGAACGAUUCCAGGUUUCAAAUAUUUCUGAUGAAGACCUGAAAGUCAUUCAUGAAAAGAGUUUUAACAUGUUAAAUGCACACGUGUCAAAUUUGAAGCAAAUUCGACGCAAAGAUGCUCACCGAAGAGCUUUAUUAGCUCAUUUACAAGUACAAAACCAGCAGUUUUCUUUACUUCCCUCACUUAAAGAUGUUAAUAAUGUUCAUGUAGAACAACUUUCUUCACGUGCAACACCUAUUAUUAUUGCGGCUCGACAAGCGCACGUUGAUUAUAUGAAAUCGUUGAACCAGCCAUGGUGGAAAAAAAAUACCAAUGUUUUAAAUGAAUGUAGUUUAAUUAACGAUAAACUAUUUUAAUCUAAAAAAAAUUGCUGUAAAUUUUAUUAAUACUGUAUUAUUCAUGUAAAUCUUUAAACUUUGUACAGUAAUAAGUUUAUUAUUAUUAUAUUAAUUUUACAUUAUUAAUUUAAACUAGCAGUCGAAAACUGAAAUUGGGUCGUUGUAGAUCUAUUUCUUUACCCCAUUUAUUCUUUGCAUACUCUAUUUCAAAAUUCUUUAGUAAAUUGCACAAGGAAAAACCUU